AUGCAGCUUCACUUCUCGCCUAGUAUGAGAAGUAUCACAAUAUCGAGCACAAACAAUGGGUUUAUUGACUUAAUGAAGAUCAAGGUCGCAGCUCGCCACAUUUCCUAUCGAACCCUUUUUCACACCAUUCUUAUCUUAGCUUUCUUGUUGCCAUUUGUGUUUAUUCUCACUGCUCUUGUUACCCUUGAAGGUGUCAACAAGUGCUCCUCUUUUGAUUGUUUAGGCAGGCGGUUAGGACCGAGGCUUCUUGGCAGAGUUGACGAUUCAGGGAGGCUGGUUAAAGAUUUUUACAAGAUCCUUAACGAAGUGAAGACUGGGGAAAUUCCAGCUGAUCUAAAGCUUCCAGAUUCCUUUGGUCAACUUGUUUCUGAUAUGAAGAACAACCAAUAUGAUGCGAAAACUUUUGCAUUCAUGUUAAGGGGAAUGAUGGAGAAAUUUGAAAGAGAAGUCAGAGAGUCUAAGUUUGCAGAGCUGAUGAAUAAACACUUUGCGGCAAGCUCUAUCCCUAAAGGGAUUCAUUGUCUGUCUUUGCGUUUGACGGAUGAAUAUUCAUCAAAUGCUCAUGCCCGUAAACAAUUACCACCUCCAGAGUUGCUUCCCUUGCUCUCCGACAACUCUUACCACCAUUUUAUCCUAUCAACCGAUAACAUUUUGGCUGCUUCAGUAGUUGUUAAUUCUGCCGUCCAGUCAUCUCUGAAACCUGAAAAGAUAGUCUUCCAUGUAAUCACUGAUAAAAAGACUUACGCGGGCAUGCACUCGUGGUUUGCGCUAAAUUCAGCUUCGCCCGCUGUAGUUGAAAUCAAAGGUAUUCACCAGUUUGACUGGUUGACUAGAGAAAAUGUUCCCGUACUUGAAGCCGUAGAAAAUCAAAAUGGGAUCAGGGAUUACUAUCAUGGAAAUCAUAUUGCCGGAGCCAAUCUCAGUGAUACAAGUCCGCGUAAAUUCGCAUCUAAAUUGCAAGCCAGAAGCCCAAAGUACAUAUCUUUACUCAACCAUCUGCGAAUAUACCUACCAGAGCUUUUCCCAAACCUUGAAAAGGUGGUCUUUUUGGAUGAUGAUGUGGUGAUUCAGCGCGACUUGUCUCCACUUUGGGACAUUGACCUUGAAGGAAAGGUAAACGGCGCCGUGGAAACUUGCAGAGGUGAAGAUGAUUGGGUAAUGUCUAAACAUUUUAGGAACUACUUCAAUUUUUCACAUCCCCUCGUUAAAGAGCAUUUGAACCCUGACGAGUGUGCGUGGGCUUAUGGAAUGAAUAUCUUUGAUCUUGGUGCAUGGAGAAGGACAAAUAUAAGGGAGACGUAUCAUUCUUGGCUGAAAGAGAAUCUGAGGUCAAACCUGACAAUGUGGAAGCUAGGAACCCUACCUCCCGCAUUGAUUGCAUUUAAAGGUCACGUUCAUCCGAUCGAUCCCUCUUGGCACAUGCUCGGCUUAGGUUAUCAGAACAAUACCAAUAUCGAGAGCCUGAAAAAGGCUGCCGUUAUUCACUACAACGGCCAAUCAAAACCUUGGUUGCCAAUUGGCUUCGAACAUCUUCGGCCAUUUUGGACCAAGUAUGUCAAUUAUUCAAGUGAUUUUGUAAGGAACUGUCAUAUCCUGGAAUCAUAG